AUGGCUCAAACACCCGAGCAGCGGCGCCGCAACGCCAAGUUUGCCAAGGAGCAAGAUGCUCGCCGUGGCAAGUCCGAGGCCGAGCUGAAGCGCCGCAGCAAGGAGGUGCACAAGUCGCCCGUGUCGCCGGUGAUUCUGGGUCUUCUCGGUUUCGUCGUCUUUGGAGGGCUGGUCUUUGAGGUCUUCUCGCGUUUCUUCGUGUAG